GAUCUUUGGCUCUGUGCUGGCUUCCUUCUGUCUGCCUGCCGCUCAUCGAUGAUUCGGCGCUCGACCCUCUGCCUGCCUGCCUGCUGCUUGCGAUGGCGGCGCCGAGCGCGGAGCCACGUGGUCUCUUCGGGCAAGGCGUGGAGGCCCUGCUGAAUAGCUGGCCCGUCCUGCAGAUCGCUGUUGAAAAUGGCUUUGGGGGUGCAUACAGCCAAGAAAAAGCAGAAUGGAUGGUGGGAGCUGUGGAGCAAUACUUCCAAAGCAAUGCUGACCUAGAGCCAGAUGAGGUAGAGGAUUUUCUUGCUGAGUUGAUGAACAAUGAAUUUGACACAAUGGUAGAGGAUGGCAGUUUGACUCAGGUGAGCCAACAACUGUGCCUGUUCUUCAGGCAGUGCCAGCAUGGAGAUGGAGCAGCAGUGCGUGAAGCCAUUGUCCGUCUGGCCCAGAAGAAGCAAGAGGCCAAGGUGGUAGCUGCAAAAUCCCAACCAGCAGACCAGAGCAGCAGUGAGGAAGAAGAGGAAGAUGGGCAGGAGGCAGAGGCAGAGGCCAUGGAGUGCAGUGCUACUCCCAACGUGAAUGGGCCAACAUCCAGUCCUCCUCCAUCAUCCAACACAGAGGAGGAAGAUGGUUGGACCUUGGUGAGGAAGAAAAAGAAAUGAAGAAGACCAACCAAGCCCAGUGCUUGAUGGCUUCAUGCCCAGAACGGUGCCAAAAGGUUGUGGCAGGGCAAAUCGAAUUGUGCGUUUCUGCAGGACACAUUUCUCUAUGAACAUUGAGAAGAGUGUGUUUGGGAUGGUGAAGGGCUUUGCGUUGCAGAGGGGAGUGUUUUGGGGCCGCAGAGAGUUCUCAGUGGUAGACAUUUUGCACAUCCUUGGCUCAUUGUACCUUUGGGACUCUCUUAGGAGAUGCUCUUAAGCACUGAAUAAGAUCAUGGCUGAAGGGCAUCGGGUCCGUAUAAUUAAUGAAACUGUUUUCCAUGAAGGGAGAUUAACUUUUGCCUCAGCUGUUUUCCUGGUGUUUGAAACGGUAAUAAGAAGCUAUAUGUCUAAAUAUCUUCUAGUUUGCGCUAGAAAGGUUUUCUCCGUGUGGGAUCCUCGUUAUCUGUUUUCAACUACUGGAAGAGAAAAUCAUACCAGCCUCCUCUUCCUCACCUGGACCAUUCCCAAAAGGGAAGUUGUGUUCUUGUCUUUUUUGGAAUCAAAAAAGAGAUGCGCAUAACAGAAAAACAAAAUCCUGUAUUUAAAAACAAUGGACAUUGAAGAACAAAAUACAACAAUGAAACUAGAAAGUAAAAUGGACAAUACACAAAUCUCGGUUGUGGGGCUGGGGACUUCCGGUCAAUAGAAGCUCCCUUUCCCUAACCUCUGUAGUGGCCAGCCACUGUACAUGAGCAACAAUAAAAUAUUAUUUUGGUAA